AUGUCCCGCCUUUCCCCGUGCGCGUGCCGCGGCGACGGGGCUUGGAGCGGGGAGCACCGGCUGAGGCGACUGGGACAGGCUGAAGGCGAACCUCUCGCAGAGCCAAACAAACUCUCGCCCAAACAGCAGAAGAAAUUGGACAAGAAACUCAUUCGGCUGGCCGCCCGCCCCGCCGACGCGGACACGGCCGCCGAGGUCCGUUCCCUGCUGGACGCCGGCGCCAACCCGGACGCCUGCUGCGCGGACACGUUUGGCGACACCGCCCUGCACCAAACGGCGGAGCACAACAACGCGGUGGUGGCCGAGGCUCUGCUUGAAGCAGGGGCCAACACCGAGUCCAGGGAUGGUUUUGAAGGGACGCCGCUGCACGAUGCUGCGCAUUUUGACGCCUUCAACGUGACCGUGCUGCUGGGUGGGGCGCGGUGCCGGGGAGCGUUUUUCUCUUUCCUCUUUUGUUUUGUGUCUGUUUUGUUCGUUUUGUUUCGCGCCAGGCGUAUACUGCGUCGUUCCCACAAUUUUGGUCGGCGCUGGAGUGGUGAUGAGCCGCUGGAUCCUGGUGGAAACUGGUUUAAAUUGCUGGAAACAAGUAAUUCUUGUGUUCGUUACUUUGUCGAUUGUGUGAAGUGA